UCAGUCAUGUCGUACAAAUACAUCAAUUUCUGUUUUGAUUUUUUAACGCACUAUUUUGUUGUACUGAAAAUAAAUGUUAUGUUGCUGUGAUUAAUUGUUUUGAGGUGCAUUCUGAAUGUAAAAUAUAUUUUUGAUCGGUCAGUUGAAAAGCGUGCAGAAUAUUGAAAACACAUCAUGUAUGCAAACGGAUACAAAUAUUGGCUAGCAUACCGGAAAGGCUCCUCAGGUUACUACCGUUGCUCUCGCUACAAGAAUAACUGCCCUGGCCGUUGCACGCUGAACGAAGACGGACUGAUGCAGAACUCUACCCCGCAUAAUCAUCCUCCGGAGGAGGAUCGCAUUGCGGUGGAUCGUUUCCGGAAGGUACUUUCGCAAAGGGCGGCUAAUGAGACCACUGAUCUGCACGCCAUCUACUUGGAAGAAGCGACCAGGCGACAUGCCGACGCUUCCCUUCUCUACUCCUUCUUGCAGGCAGAGUCCUGUAUGCGGAAAGCUCGAAGAAGGAAACCGUUUCUCUUGGUGCCAUGUGAUAUUGAAGAGUUAGGAGGCUUUCUAAAAAGUUCGGAAUUGUUUCGGAUACACUGCGGCAGCAAUAUGGAUGCAUUUUACCAAACUACAGUUAGGGCCCAAGAUGCAAUUGGUUUGGUGCUGUGGCAUCAACGAACGAUGGUUGCGCUUGGGACGAUUGAUAAUCUAUUUAUAGAUUGUAGCUUGGAAAUCCGUAGAAGUGGAUUAUCCAACUGUCGUGUAUUACUGGGUUCAACUAUCUUCCAGGGCAGAUGCGUUCCCGUGAUAUAUGCCAUUAUGAGCGCGAAAACUCAUGAUCUUUGUACAAAGAUAUUUGCGUACCUCAAAGAACAGUUGAGGGAGCACAUGGUUCCAACUUCAAUACUGACCGAGCCAGAUGAUAUGAUGCAUAAUGUAUUGGAAGAAAGUUUCCCUGAAGCUGCAGUUAAAGUUUAUUGGCAUCAUUAUAUGGCAGCAGUUUUGGAAUGCAGGAAAAAAUUAAACAUGAUGGAUGAAACUAAUAAAGGAUAUAUGAACAGUGCAUUUAGAAUGUUGUUGGUGUUGCCAUUGCUACCUAGCGAUUAUUUACAUAAAGGCCUACAAGCAUUAAUAAAAUGGAUGAAUCAGAAAAAUAUACUAACGGAAAACAUGCGCACUCUUUGCAAUUAUGUGGCAAACGUUUGGCUCGCCAACAUCGGAUACAAGCGACUAUCGAUGUUUGAUCAAACACUUGGCAACAGCAGUUUAGUUCAAACACACCUCAACAACCUCCGCUGUAAAAAUGAUCAAGAAAAAUACACAGUACUUCAAAUGUUGGAACAUUUAACGCAAGUGGCCACAAAACAAUAUGUAAUAAUAAAUAAAAACAUCAAAAGAAUAGCUGAUAUUGGUCGAUCGAAGAAAGUAAGAAGGAAAGCGAAUUUGGUACAUGAAGAGGCAAUCAUUAAUGCUAAAGAGCUAUGGUACGACAUGCCUCAGCAACUCAAAGAUCCAUUACAAUUUCUGCAAGUAUGCAGCCAUUGCAUUACUAGCGCUAUUCUAGCGGACAAAAGUGUAGCUCCAGAGCUAUCAAAAAAUUCACUGUCAAUUCCAAUGUCCACUCAGAUAAAUGGACAAAGUUCACCUGCAUUGUAUUGUGAUAGAAUAUCUCUUGUGUCGAAUAUUAUUCCAACAGUAGAAGCUGAACCCCCACCAUUAGUGUUUUUCUCGAAAUUGAGGCGAAUUCAAUCCACAGAGCUAUGUAGGAAACAAAUGGGACCACCACCACUUGUACCAUUGAUUACAAACAAGAAUUAGCUUGUGAUAAACAAACUCAAAGAAUGAUGAACAUUUAGACUGAUAGAGUAGAACCUAUAAGGUUUUCAACUACAUAUAUUGCAGAA